UACCCACAUAAUUUUAGCGCCAAAUUGAAAUUCCUCCACAAAUGUCCGUGACACCUUCUCUCGCCGGCGCAGACCGUCUUUUUCUUCCUUCCAAAUAUGUUCCUUCCUUGAUCUACAUAAUCCGAAGCAAUCGGAGCUCAUCCGUCGUUAUCCGAUCCUCCACCUUCAGAGACUUCGAGAAGCCGAUUGAAACAGAGUCGAGGCCGUUUCCGUCAAUCAGGGAGGCAAAGAGAGUGGUGCUUGUGAGGCACGGACAGAGUACGUGGAACGAGGAAGGUAGGAUUCAGGGGAGUUCCGACUUCUCUGUACUUACUCAGAAGGGCGAGUUUCAGGCUGAGACUUCUCGCCAGAUGCUGGCUGACUAUUCCUUCGAUGUCUGCUUCUCCAGUCCACUGGCUAGGGCGAAAAGAACAGCUGAAGUUAUAUGGGGUGCACGUCGCGAAGAUAUUGUUACUGAGUUUGAUCUGAGGGAAAUUGAUUUAUAUUCCUUUCAGGGGCUUCUAAAGCAUGAGGGAAAAGCAAAGUUUGGUGCAGCUUAUGGUCAAUGGCAAAGAGAUGCAGCAAAUUUCAAAAUUGAUGGUCAUUAUCCAUUGAGGGAAUUAUGGGCGCGUGCUAUGAGCUGUUGGAUGAAGAUCUUAACUCAUGAAAGCAGUUCUGUGCUUGUGGUUGCUCACAAUGCUGUUAAUCAAGCCCUUGUUGCAACUGCUAUUGGAUUGAACACAGAGUACUUCCGUACCUUGCUCCAGAGUAAUUGUGGUGUGAGUGUCUUGGAUUUUACCCCAUGCCCAGAUGGUGUCUCUCCACAGAUUUGUAUUAACCGCCUUAAUCAGACUCCAAAUUCACCUGUUGCUGCCGGAAGUUCUGAAGACAGGAAAACUAGUAGACGGAUCAUUCUUGUCUGCCAUGGAUCAUCACAGGUUGAUACAGAGGUUGCGAUACCUUUUGCUGGUGACAGACCCAUGAACAUGCUUGGUGUCAUACAGGCUCAAAAAACUGCGGAAUUGCUUCUUGAUGUGAGGGUAAACACCAUUGUAAGUAGUCAUAAGAUUGCCUCUGUUGAAACUGCCAUUGCUAUCUCCAAGGUCCAAGAACCUGCUGAUUGUUUAGGUGCGGAUUGUGCUCCACAUUAUGUUGAAAUGAAGCAGAUUCAAGAGCUUGAUGUUGAGGACCUUCUUCAGCAAUCAAACAAGUCUGGUUUGAUGAAAGGAUGUGAUAAUGAAGCUAUGAUAAAAUUGUGGGAUCAGUCUAGAAAAGCAUGGAAAUCCUUGUUGGAAGAAUUAUGGAAAGAGGAUGAACCCAACAAGAUUUUGGUAACAGUAGGACAUCCCAUGGUUCACAUUGCAAUGAUGGGACAUUGCUUAAACUUAUCAAAAGAAUCCAUGAGGUCUUUCCAUUUGGACUCAGGUAGUGUCAGUAUUAUUGACUUUCCAGAUGGACAGGCCGGAAGAGGAAUUAUCCGAUGCAUAAACUAUACUGCUCAUCUUGGUAAGUGGUCAGUACCCAUUACACGAUCAACUUUGUAGAGCUUUACUUAUUCUACAUGUUUAUGAAAUCUACAGCUUAUCAGUGAAUAAUUGUACUAAUGCGUCUAAGUCAUCUAUAUACUUUGUAAGGACAAUUUUAAGUUGUAGUAGUUAUUAACUAGGUUAGAAUCUUGCACAAAUUAUUUUCUUCAUGAAACUAAUUAUAUAUUUAUUGCAACCUUGUGUUAUUUAUAUAA